UUCCUUUCUUCUUUAGCUCUCUUUGCCUUUUGGCUUAGAUCAAGUGUAGUAUCUGUUCUUUUCAGUUUAAUCUCUGAAAGAGUCCUACUUGGACUCAAUCGUGAUUAUUCUAAUUUUUAACUUCCGGGAGUGGUCCUCUGUGCUUGCGCAUGAUUGCCCCCACCGUGUCCCUGGUAUUACACUGCCUCCAGGCGACGCAAACAUCUUUUCAUUGCAAUCUACAGCGUGCCUGUAGAUGUGAAGAAGGGAUACAUGCAAACGUGAUUGUUGAGUGCUAUGGGAUGUUGGUACAUUGCGGACAAACCGCCGUUGUUUGCGUUUGAGUGAGAAAGUGUGCUCUGAGAGACGCACAUCGUUUGCUAUACAGUUUGGAUGACAGCUGUAUUGAAUGCCAGAGUGCGCUUAUAUCUAGAGUGUGCUGCUGUAAAAUUGCGGAUAUUUCGUCACGAGAAGAACAGGUACUCAAUGCCACCACCACAAUCUUGUACACCAACUUAUAUACUACCAUCCGAUUAGCGCGACUAUAUUUUAUAUUGUCCAAGUUUUAUCUGUCCGAGUAGAUUGCCCAGCAUGGCAAGUUUUGGCAACAGUUCCGCCAACCCCUCUGGCAUGAUUGACCCUGCCAUUUUCGAGUACCUGAAAGCUCACGGCGAAGAGGAGAUCCUGGUCGGCGACAAGCUUCACAACAUCACUGCGGCUCUGAAUCGGAACAUCUCGACUUGCCAAGGCCUCCUCAGCCGCAUCCAAUCCACACCCAGCUCGAACUUUCCAGCAUUGCUCAAGACCAUUGAGGAGUCUGGCAUCCAGCCCGAGAUUGAGAGUGUAGGAGAGCUUGCUCAAUUCAGUUCCCAAUUUCCGUACUAUAAAUACAACCACAGAUGGUCCCGCAGCAUUCAGAAUGUAGUUGCCACCAUCCUCCUCACAGCCUGGCUCGGUGGUAUGGGCAGUGAGGCACGUGCUGGUGAACUCGGUCGCCUUCUGACAAUUGAGGAGGUUGGAGAGAUCCUUAAAGUACCUGUCAAUGUCAAGGACCGAGAUACCUUUCACAUAACCAUCGAAGAGUAUCUGCUGGCGCUCACCGAUAUCACCGAUGAGCUCAGCCGUCUUGCCAUGAACUCGGUCACUAUGGGGGAUGUCUCAUUGACGUUGAGCAUCAGCAAGUUCAUCAAGGACCUCUUCGCUGGCUUCCAGCUCCUCAACCUCAAGAACGACAUAGUACGGAAGCGCGUGGACGCUGUCAAGUAUCACGUCAAGAAGGUAGAGGAUGUCAUCUACGACCUGGCGCUACGGAACCUCCUCCCAGCUACAACCGCUUGAUCCUCUACUCAGGUGCUACAAAACUAUAUAUCCCCAUUAGCAUUCUCUCUCUUAGGUUUACAUUAUGUUAUGCCGCAAAGGACACUUAUGAAUGUUAUGGACUGUAAUGGGAGCUAUUAAACACUAUGAUUGUUGAAGGUUAUGCAAAAAUAGCCACAAUUGUUAGUCAAGAUUAGGAACAAUACCAAUUAAAAGUAUUCAGCUAAGGCCAAUACUUUAUCAACUGAUA